CGGGGCGGGGCGGGGCGGCGCGGCGCGCGGGGCGGUCCCGGCGCUGUCCUCCUCCUCUGUGCUGCCCUCGCUCCUCCGGCCGCCUCCUCUCCUCGCCCGCGCAGCCCCGAGUCCCGACGCCAGUAUGCCCUCGGCCAAACAAAGGGGCCCCAAGGGCGGCCACGGCAGCGCGACCCCCGCCGAGCGCGAUCGCGAGCGGGACCGCGACCGGGGCGCCCACCCGCCCGGCGCCGACGACGUGGCGCGGAAGCCGCCGCCCGCCCCGCAGCCGCCCGCGCCGCCGCCCGCGCGGCCGCAGAGCCAGAGCCCGGCGCCCGGCCGGGGUCCCCGCGGGGGCGGCCGGCCCGCGCCCCCCGCCCCGGGCCCCGCCGGCUGCCCGCGCGCGCUCGGCCGUGCGCUCAGCGCGCUGUGCUGGCUGGCGCUCGUGGCCGCCGCCGCGCUCGCGGGCUGGGGCGCGCACCACGUCCUGCAGGAGGUGCAGCAGCUGCGGCGCGGCCACCAGGACCUGGCCGGCCAGCGCGACGAGCUGGGCCGGAGCCUGCGGGGCGUGGAGCAGAAGGUGCAGUCCCUGCAGGCCACGCUGGGGACAUUGGAGUCCAUGCUGCGGAGCUCCCAGCACAAGCAGGACCUCACAGACAAAGCCGUGAAGCAAGGGGAGAGCGAGCUCGGCCGCAUCGACGAGGUCCUGCAGAAGCUGCAGAAUGAGAUCCUCAAGGACUUGUCAGACGGCAUCCACGUGGUGAGGGACGCCCGCGAGCGGGACUUCACGUCCCUGGAGCACACGGUGGAGGAGAGGCUGACGGAGCUCACCAAGUCCAUCAACGACAACAUUGCCAUCUUCACCGAUGUGCAGAAGCGGGGCCAGGAGGAGAUCACCAAGGUGAAGGCCAAGGUGGCCGCGCUAGAGGAGUCUGGGGAGGACAGGCGGGACCUGCAGGCCCUGAAGGCCACAGUGCGGGAGAUGCAGGGCUCGGCUGAGUCCCGCAGCGAGGAGCUGGCGGCACUGCGCCACUCCCUGCAGACCCUGGAGGCCGAGGUCUACAGCGAGGUUCGGGAGCUGGUGAGCCUCAAGCAGGAGCAGCAGGCCUUCAGGGAGGCGGCCGAGGCCGAGCGCCUGGCCCUGCGGAGCCUCACUGAGAAGCUGCAGCGCUCGGAGGAGGCCGCCUCGAACCUUCCGGACGAGGUCAGGCGGCUGCAGGAGGAGCUGAGCCAGUUCAGGGCUGAAGCCUCCCGGAUGGGGCGGAGCGCUGGCCCUGAACACGAGGACGCGGUGGAUGCCCUGCUGCAAAAGGGCCAGGCCCUGGACUCUAGGCUGCAGGGUGUGGAGUCGGGCGUGCAGGCCUUGCAGGAGGCCUCCGCACACCAGGCCGAGAGCCUGCGGUUGCUGGUGUCCAGCAGCCAGGAGCACGAGGAGCGUCUGGCCGCACUGCACAGCCGCCUGCAGGGCCUGGGGCCCGAGGUGGACAGGGCCGGGCUGGCCAGCACGGUGCAGAGCCUGGGUGAGGCCCAGCUGGCGCUCUACGCCGACGUGGAGGAGCUGAAGAGGAGCGUGGGCGAGCUGCCCGGCACGGUGGAGUCACUGCAGCGGGUGCGUGAGCAGGUACAUGCACUGCUCAGGGAGGACCCGGCUGCCCAGCCGCCCAGCCCGGACCUGCUGGACAGGCUGUCCUCGCUGGACAAGCUCAAGUCCUCGGUGAGCCAGGUGGAGUCGGACUUGAAGAUGCUCAGGACUGCCGUGGACAGCCUGGUCGCCUCCUCGGUCAGGAUCGAAAGCAACGAGCGGGAGCUCAAGGGCACCAGCGCCAACCUGGACGCGCUGAGGAGCGACCUGGACAGGCUGUCCGCUGAGGUCGAGAGGAUUUACGAGAAGUUCUAAGCUGUUGAGUGUUCAGGGCAAGGAUUUCCAGGCCGGUUUCUCAUGACCAAAAAAGUGUGUUGUCUCCUGCUGGGGGGGUGCGCGCCCCGCUUCUAGGGCCCAAGAGUGUGCCGGUCACCAGGCACUGCAGUCCUGUGCCUGGUUACCUCGAGCGAUCGCCGCACGUGUGACCUGCGUCCUGGGGGCCUGGUCCCCGGGGAAGGACGGGCUCUCACAGAGCAGUGUCUGGUGUCAGGAAAGCGACAGCGGCCACAGCCCUAGUCCCAGAAGCAGAUUAACGCUGACCUCAGAGACCCCUUCGUAAAACAAAAAGGGGGGGCACACACUUUUUUGUCUUGUUUGUAAGGAAUGUUCGUGUUGCUUUCUUCUGGUCUGUUCACUUCAUCCUGCCGACCGGCGUUCUGUGGUCUCUCUCUUGCUCACUGUCUUCCUCUUAAAAGUGGCCAGAACAGCCGGUGUCAGCCAAGUUGGGAUGGGUAGGGUCACCUUCGUGUUAAAUGGAUCAGUGCCCGAGGUCCCCUGGUGGCCUGGGCAUCUGCCCCCUUCCCCAGGUCUCCGGUGACAUCGAAGGUAACUGCAGGGCACCGGGAUGUGGAGGUGCAGGGCGCAGGGUCCCUGGUGCUCCACCUAUGCCAGCUCUUGGGCACAGCAGGGAGGGAACACCAGGCCCUUGGAUUUGGAACCCCGGGCAGCAGGGUGGGGUCUUCAGGAGGUGCCCGGGGUGCUGUGUGGGGUCUCCUGGGGAAGUGGAGGCCGAACCGUCUCUUAUUUUAACAGCGGUGUGGGUGAGGAGGGCUGGGCCAGGGUGGGGCUCCGCCAUGGUGUGGGUGUACCCCACCUGUCUUUCUGUACCUGUUUCCUGAACUCCCUCCUGUUUGAGCCAUGUUGUUCUUUAAUGGUUGUCUUGCCCUUCCAGAAAAAAAACAAAAACAAAAAAAAAAAAAAAAGAAAAAACAAAAAAACCUGAAAACUAAAAGAAAGGAAAAAAAAAUUUCUUUAGUUUACUGUGAAAUGAACUGUAUGGCUUAUUUACAGUAUUUUUAAUUCUUAAUAAAUUCUUGAGCUUUGUUAA